GUUUGUGCUGCUGCAGCUACGAGAAAGUAUCCAGACGAGGUGGUGCAAGCUGCUACCAAACUGCUCCAUACAUUACUGAAAUAUAACAAUGGCUCUCGAAUCACGGAUCACACAGGAAGAAAUCAAGAAAGAGCCAGAGAAGCCAAUUGACAGAGAAAAGACCUGCCCCCUCCUGCUGCGAGUAUUCACCACCAACAGUGGCCGACACCACAGAGCAGACGAGUUCGCCCGCGGCAAUGUUCCCUCCAGUGAACUGCAGAUAUACACAUGGAUGGAUGCUACUCUGAAGGAGCUGACCAGCCUGGUGAAGGAGGUGUAUCCAGAAGCCAGGAAAAAGGGGACCCACUUCAGCUUUGCCAUCGUCUACCCUGACCCCCGAGGGAAAGUGUACAGGUUGAAAGACAUCGGCAGCACCAUAUCUGGCAGGAAGGGCGCCGAUGAUUCCAUGACGCUGCAGUCUCAGCGCUUCCAGAUCGGAGACUAUCUAGAUAUCGCCAUCACACCACCAAACAGAGCCCCGCCCAUUAACACACGCAUGAGGCCCUUCUAAACACACACACACACACACACACACAUACACACACACACACACACACACACACACACAUACCAACAUGCACACAUAAACUAAAACAUUUUGAACUGAAGUUUUUUGUUUGUCGUUUUGCAUCAUCUUGAAUGGUUUUUGCCUCAUUUUAUAAAACGUAAAGUGUAAUAAAGUUGUCGGUUUUUACAAUG